AUGAAGAAGAUCAACGAUCGAGCCCAUUGGGAGACAGCAAAAUCUAUUUCUAGAAUUAACCGCGAAUACUGUCUUAAAGGAUCUCAAUCCAAAGAUGAAUGGGAUGAAUUCAAUACUUCAGGACCCAAUUAUGGAGCGGAUAUAGACUCCUUUGAAAAAGGAAAAUGUCCCACCCAAGGCCAACGCACAGACCUGGAAGCCGCAUGCAACAGAAUCGAUGAAGGUGCAAGUGUGAGAGAUGUAGCAAAGGAGUUUUGUACUACAUUUGUAAACAGCUUCAAAGGGUUAAAUGCAUACCAACUCAUCACCACUGAAGGUUUUCGUUCCGAUACUCUACGUGGCAUCUGGAUCUGGGGCCCUUCAGGUGUCGGUAAAUCCAGUAGUGUCUGGAAAGACUACGGCGAUUCGUUAUUCGACAAGCCUCAGAACAAAUGGUUUGAUGGGUACGCUGGUGAGGAUACAAUUCUUCUCGACGACUUCGACAAGAAAGGGAUAUGUCUCAGCCACUAUCUGAAACGUUGGGCUGACCACUACCCGUGCACAGGGGAAACCAAAGGUGGUACCGUCCAUCUUAGGCAUAAACGCCUUGUAAUCACCAGCCAGUACAGCAUUGAAACUCUCUUUGGCAAACCAGAUGAAGAAGGCGCUAUAGACGAAGAGCUAGUCGAUGUCCUCAACCGCCACUUCAAAGUCAUUCAUAUGGACCACGUAAACAACACUGGGAAGAAACGUGCCUGUAGUAGCUCGCCGCCUAAAUCUUAA